AUGCUGGCCGACAAGGGAUAUGAUGUCAUGGACGAUCCCGACCAUGUAGAAGCUCAACCAGAGGCCCAUCAUCAUGACUAUGUGAGAGCUUGUGUGAGGAGACGCUGGCAAUGGGUCACAAUAGCAACAAUGGCCGGCAUUUUGGCGAUAUUGAUCAGCCUUGCCAUGCACUUCUCGUACCUGAAGAGGCACAGGAAGAGUGCAAUAGAAGAUGAUCUCGACAGCGACCAACGGAGGUUCACCUUCACUUACUUCAAGAGCUGCAGCGAGAUGGAGGAGCUGACGAGUCUUGAGACUGAGGAAGACAUCUCCAUAUCGAUGUCUCUUGUUCCAGGAUGGAGCUGGUGGAGUAGCGACUAUUGCGACUACUGCAACUGUAGCACCCGUGCAAAUUAUCCUGGAUUGGUUUAUGCAGCUGAGACAGCAAAGGCGGGCGAUUCAGCCUCCUCCUCCUCAGCUGCUGGUGCUGGUGCUGCUGCGCCAUCGUCUCCUGACUACUCAACAACCAACAAUCAGGUGAAGGGAGUCGACGAGGCUGACGUGAUCAAGACAGACGGGAGAUUCUUUUACCUGCUUGUCUUGUCUGAAAACCUUCUGAUCAUCUGCAAAGCCUAUCCUCCCCAAGAGCUCGACGUCCUGAGUAGAGUUGACCUGAGACAGUCAGGUCUUGUUUACCCACAGAAUCUCUUCAUCAAAGGAGACAUAGUUGCUGUCCUGGGAACUUCAACGCUGAGGGCAGAGGCGACUGGCGAAUAUUUUUCUGUAGCUGCCUGCCAAUUGUGGGACAUCAAAAAUCGCUCGGCUCCGAGUUUGACUCAAACGAUUGAAGUGGAAGGAGAUCAUGUGGCUAGUCGCCUUGUGGAUGAUGUGAUGUACCUGGCGAUCCGAACCUAUUGCCCUUUGAGGCGAAGAAUGUCCAAUGAGAAAGUUUUUCAGCCCAGCACUAGAGCUUCGGCUCCUCUCUUCAGGUCAACAUUUGCAGCUCAAGACUCGAUGGCCUCGCCUCCUUUCCGUCCCAUCGCUCCAUGCACGAGCAUCAGCUGGAUACCUGAGCUUCCUAGCGCGACAGGAUGGAUCUCUAUUGUGUCAGUGCGCAUCAGCCGUGAGAAUUUGGGGAGAAUAUCAUCAGCAACGCAUGCAGGCAAUGGUUUCGUCCUGUAUGCCUCAUCAACCCACCUCUACGUCGCUUCUACCACCUGGGGCGAGGGAGAGGAGGGAGGAGGAGGAGGAGGAGGAGGGGGAGGAAAAGGAGUAGCAGUGGGCGAAGGAGGAGCAGCAGGAGGGUCCAGUUUCCGUCUAGCAGAGCCCAUGACUGUAAUCAUCAAGGUUCCGGGCAUCAUCAUCAAUCAGUUCGCCAUGGACGAGUUUGACGAUCAUCUCCGAGUUGCGACAACCUCAGGGGAUGUCUGGGGACAGACCAGCAACAUGGUCUACGUCGUCACUUUCAGAAGAGUGGAUCCUCUGUUUGUUAUCAACGCUUCGGAUCCUUGGAAUCCUCUCCUCAAGGGAGAGCUCAAGAUUCCUGGCUUCUCCGAGUACCUCCAUCCUAUCAACGACACCCACCUCAUUGGUCUUGGACGGGAGACGAGGGAAGAGCGGGGGAUGGUGCUGCAGCUCGGAGUGAAGAUCUCCGUCUUCGAUGUCACCGUCCCUUCCUCCCCCAAGGAGCAGCAGGCGAUCGUGCUGGGAGGAGCAGGGUCAUACUCGGAAGCAGCGUGGGAUCACAAGGCCUUCCUGCUGCAUCGAGGACUUCUCGUCCUUCCCAUGUAUCUCUACACGGAGGACCAGGUGCCUUUCAGCGGGGCCAUCCUCUUCGAUAUGUUCGGCGAGAAGAUCAAGGAGCGGGGGAGGAUUUCUCACUGCUCAGGGGUGACAACAUGCAACGAGAACAAGCGCAUCCGCAGGAGCGUCUACAUCGACGACUGCAUCUUCACCUUCUCCGACAGAACGUCUCAAGUCCACCAAGUGAGGGACGUGACUUUGAUCCGACAAGUCAACCUCUCCCGCCCAGCCUGCGAGUAACUCUCUGGGACCCUCCCAGCUGCCAUCAUAGGGGAAGCAACUUUUCUCAGCUCGUGUGGGAGAGGAGGAGGGGUGCGGGGCAGAAGAUCGAGUGUGGGGAGUCAGAGGGUAGAGCAGCUGCUGCCCAGUUUGUUAACUAUCUUGUAUUACCAUCAUGACAAAAGCU